AUUAAUCAAUAAUAUCCCAUCUCCCCCUCCUCCCCCUCUACUCAUCAGAUUAUUUAUCUUCGCACGGCCAAUCGGAAAAUCCAAUUAAAAUACGGGUCGAAACUUCCGAAGAUCAACAGCUUAAAAUUCUGGCGUCGGAUCGUAGGGAUUUUCUUUCCCUCCUUUUAUUCCAGGUUUGUUGUAAUGGCUCAAGCAACAGGGAGGGGAAGAGUGGUGGGGAAUUAUUUAGUGGGUCGGCAAAUCGGGUCGGGUUCAUUCUCGAUUGUUUGGCAUGCUAGGCAUCGAGUUCAUGGGACCGAGGUGGCGAUAAAGGAGAUAGCAAUGGGUCGACUCAAUAAGAAAUUGCAGGAUAGUUUGAUGUCGGAGAUAUUUAUUUUGAAGAGAAUUAAUCAUCCUAAUAUUAUUCGACUGCAUGAUAUUAUUGAGGUUCCUGGAAAGAUACACCUUGUAUUGGAGUACUGCAAGGGGGGUGACCUUUCUAUGUUUAUUACACGCCAUGGAAGUGCCCCUGAGGCAAUUGCAAAGCAUUUCAUGCAGCAGCUAGCGGCUGGCUUGCAAGUUCUCCGUGACAAUAAUCUUAUACAUCGGGAUCUAAAGCCUCAGAAUCUUCUUCUCUCAACAAAUGACAGCAGUGCAGCUUUAAAGAUUGCAGAUUUUGGAUUUGCAAGAUCUCUGCAACCUAGGGGGCUUGCUGAAACAUUAUGUGGUUCACCUCUUUACAUGGCUCCUGAGAUUAUGCAACUGCAGAAGUAUGAUGUAAAGGCAGAUCUUUGGAGUGUUGGGGCUAUUUUAUUUCAGCUUGUUACUGGGAAAACUCCUUUCACUGGAAACAAUCAAAUUCAGUUACUCCAGAAUAUUAUGAAAUCAACUGAGUUGUUUUUCCCUGUGGAAAACAAUUAUUUGACUGCUGAUUGCAAAGAUUUAUGUGUAAGACUGCUGCGCCGUAAUCCAGUGGAACGUUUAACAUUUGAAGAGUUCUUCAAUCACCCAUUUCUUUCUCGGGGCCAAUCAAAUGAACCAUUGAGGAGGCAGGGAAUUUCAAGGACUGGUUAUUCUUCUUUCGAAAGCAGUCCUGUAAGGAAUACUGAUGAAAGCUUUCAGGAGGACUGUCUUCCUUUCUUUUUGGAUGACGAUUCCAGUGGUCCUGAAGGGAGCCCUUCCUUUGGAAAGAAGAGGUCUUCAAUGAAAUCUCGUCAUGGGUUUUCUCCCGAAACAAGAGAUACUAGAGAACAAUCUUCUAAUCCUUUAAAUAAAGUGGAUUUUACAUCCAGAUACAGUGGUACAAGACAUAAAUUGGACAAUGUUAAUUUUAGACAUGAAAGCAGCAAGGUUUCAGGUGAAACUAUAUUUGAACCUCCCAAAUCCAUGGAGCAUGGUCAUUCAAGAGUUGGUGAUACACUGGAGUUGAUUGACCAAGAUUAUGUUCUUGUAACUGGACCUCCCAUUGAUGUGUCAUCUUCUUCAGCUAGCACUUCCAAGCCAAACCAUAUUCCAUACAAACAAGAGAAUCCACCUCUGAUCCCCUUUACGAGUAACACCACAUCAACAGCUCCUGUGCCUAUUGUUGGGGCAACCAAUAUUAACGUCUAUCAUGUUGGAAGCUUGGAAAGUCAGAGCUCUGCCCCUGGGACUUCUCCAGGAUCCAUGAAUAUUGGGGAUGCUCUGGAACAGCCGUCAUCACAUUGCAUGACAAGGAUAAAGUCAUUACAGCAGUGCGCAUCUGCAAUUACAGAAUUACUGCAUGAAAAGACCGAGACAGGUAGGCAUCUCGAAGCAUUCUCAAUCCAGCUUGUGAUUCUUGCAAUUUGGAAGCAAGCAUUGCAUAUAUGCCAUACACAGGCUGCAUCAGCCAUGGAAGGAAGUCCAAGCCAAGAGACAAGCAGAUUGUGGAGUGCCAGCAAGAAGCAUGGAACAUCUGAUACGGAAGUAUGUCCAGAAUAUGUAUCCUCAGAGAUAGAGAGGAAAUUUCUCCGGGAAGUUGAGAAUGCCGAGGAACUUGCCAAGGCUAUUGAGCCUGGAAGUAGAGAGAUGCCUGAUGCGAUGGAGACAAUAUUUCAGGCCGCGCUUGCUUUGGGAAGACGUGGAGGAGUUGAUGAGCUCAUGGGUGAAAUGGAAAGUGCAGCAAAUUUGUAUUCAAAGGCAGUGUGUUUAUUAGUCUUCCUUCUAGUUGAAGCACCAUCCCUCAUUUUGAAUCCUCCAUUUUCCCUCACAAACUCAGACCGGUAUAGACUUCGAACUUACAUUGAUUUUCUUAGAAACAGGCAAGGUUAAUAUCUCAGAGGAUGGCACUUCUCAAGAACAAGCAUCCGCCAUAGAGUCUAAGGGUGCUUUUGGUUCACGGAAUGUA